AUUUAAAAUGUAAAUAGAGCUGGUAAAUAGAGCUAGUAGGAGAAGUAGAAAUAGCGUAUAAAUAAGAAAUAAUGCAGGUGAAUAAAUAAGUAACCUUUUUCGAGAAUUAUCAUAAAACGUUAUGUACCGUAGUCAUAUAUCCAAUAGUUAUAUCCAGUAGUCAUUGUCUAAUAUGACAGCAACCAUAUUAGAAACUUCUGAUAUAAAAUCUAAAGAAUCUAUAAACGAUAAAGUACCAGCAAAAGAAUUAUACAAUAGUAAUUACAAAUGGAAAAUUGUUUGGAAGAAUGUCGUUAUAUUCGCCUAUGUUCAUCUUGCCGCCAUUUAUGGUCUAUAUUUGUGUUUCUUCAAGGCUAAAUAUUGGACAAUUAUAUGGUUUUUAGGUAUUGUUGUCGCUUCAAGUUUAGGUACCACCUAAACUUGAAGCGACAACCUGCCGGUGCUCAUAGAUUAUGGUCCCAUCGAUCUUACAAGGCAAAAUGGCCCAUGAAAUUUAUCCUUAUGAUUUUCCAAUCUGCUUCUUUUCAAGAUGAUAUUUACACAUGGGUCAGAGAUCACCGUGUUCAUCACAAAUUUACCGAUACAGAUGCAGAUCCAUAUAACGCACGCAGAGGAUUCUUCUUCUCGCAUAUCGGUUGGCUUCUGACUCGUAAACAUCCUGAUGUUGCGAGCAAAGGUGCCACGGUUGAUUGCAGCGAUCUCGAGCAGGAUCCAUUCGUGAUUUUCCAAAAAAAAUGGUAUUUAUACUUAAUGCCACUCUGCACCUUUAUUAUACCAACAUUAGUACCUUGGUGGGCAUGGGGCGAAAGUUUCUGGUAUUCAUGGCACGUUGCGGUCUGCAGAUAUUGUACAAAUCUAAACAUUACCUGGUCUGUCAAUUCCGCGGCUCAUAUGUGGGGUGUAAAACCAUACGAUAAAUCAAUCACCUCCGUCAACAAUGCUGCAGUCUCAUUUUUAGCUCUUGGCGAAGGUUGGCAUAAUUAUCAUCAUGUAUUUCCUUGGGAUUAUAAAGCAGCAGAACUUGGAAAUUAUGGACUCAACUUUACCACAGCUUUCAUCGACUUCUUCGCUUAUUUAGGUUUGGCUUACGACUUGAAAACUGUACCUACAAAUGUGAUAAAGAAACGUGCUUUACGAAGCGGAGAAACAUAUUAAAAAUAAAUCUAACGAUUAAGUAGAGCAAAA